CCCCCCAAACCUGUGGGUGUGGUCUUCCCCGUGUCCCCGCCUCCCUGUGGGUGUGGUCUCCCUCUCCCCCUCCUGCUGUGGCCAGGUUCACUGCUCCCAUCGUCGAUGACGUCUAUGGUUGCACCGUUUCGUCGCGAGUUGAUGACGUCAGGAUCGAAAUGGCGGCGGCGGGGGCGGACGUGAGUCGAGAAGUGAGCCCGGGACCGGAGCCGGAGCCUGAGCCUGGGCGGCGUCUCCAGCAGCAGCAACAGCAACAACAACAACAACAACCCGGUGCCGUCUGCCUGAUCGUACUGGGCAUGGCGGGCUCGGGGAAAACCACGUUUGUUCAGAGACUGACCAGCCAUCUCCACAGUAAGGGAACUCCACCUUACCUGAUAAACCUGGACCCAGCAGUACAUGAGAUUCCUUUCCCAGCCAAUAUAGAUAUUCGGGACACUGUAAACUACAAGGAAGUGAUGAAGCAGUAUGGUCUUGGACCCAAUGGUGGCAUCGUAACAGCUUUAAACCUGUUCGCAACACGGUUUGAUCAGGUUAUGAAAUUUAUUGAGAAGAGACAGCGAGACUGUGGGUUUGUUCUGAUAGAUACACCUGGACAAAUUGAAGUAUUUACCUGGUCAGCAUCUGGAACCAUCAUCUCAGAAGCUUUGGCCUCCACCUUCUCCACAGUUGUUGUCUAUGUGAUGGAUACGUCACGCAGCACAAACCCAGUCACCUUCAUGUCUAACAUGCUGUAUGCAUGCAGUAUUCUGUACAAGACCAGACUGCCAUUCAUUGUCAUCAUGAAUAAGAUUGAUAUCGUGGAUCAUUCCUUUGCUGUGGAAUGGAUGAAAGAUUUUGAAACUUUUCAGGAUGCUCUGAACCAGGAGACGACAUUUGCCAGUAAUCUGACACGUUCCAUGAGCCUUGUCCUGGAUGAGUUCUACAGCCAACUCCGGGUGGUCGGGGUUUCGGCAGUGGACGGCACUGGGAUGGAUGGCUUUCUCCAGCAGGUUGCUGAUGCUGCGGCUGAGUAUGAAACUGAAUAUCGACCACAUUAUGAGAGACUGCGACAGGAUCUGGCUGAGGCAGAGAUGAAGAAGAAAGAGGAGCAGCUGGAGCAGUUACGGAGGGACAUGGGGGAUGUUGCCAUGGAUUCCAGCCACGUUCAUGCUAAUGUGGAUGAGCAGCGUGAUGUGGAGGAAGGACCAUCGGCCCUGAUCCUGACCCGUGGCAUCAUUGAUGAGGAGGACGAGGAAGUGGAUUCAGACACUGAUGACUUGGAUCAUCAAAAGGCAGAAGAACAAAGUGAAGAACCUGCCUUCCGAAGAUACCUGGAGCAGAGAAAGCGCAAGAACUACACCACCACCACCAAUGAAUGAGAGGAGGUGGAUGAUUGGAACAUGAUGCCAAGCCAGGAAGAGUCACCCUGACUGAAUAUGAUCACCCACCUGUGCCUCUGAUGUGACCCUUCUGCUCGCCAGUGGGGUCCUGCGGUUUCUAGCUCAGAAUCAUGUUGGAACUGCUGACUCCGAACAAAAGUCUGUUCCUCAAGCUGUAUAGGUCAAGCUACCUGGAUCCAGUGUGGACAGUCUGCUUCCUGUCCCCUCCCUCAAACUGGGCGCUAUCAUCUUCUUUGACUGACAUUUGUGAACUUAGACAAGAGAGAAGUCAAAUCAUGGAUUUUGGGAUAUUUAUUUAAGAAAUAAAAGUUUUAUUUCAGUAA